AUGGUGAGCAGCAGUAUAGACGAGCUCCAGCGGCUCUCCCUGGUGUCCAAGGUCUGCACCGAGCUCGACAACCACCUGGGCCUGAGCGACCGCACGCUCGCCGAGUUCAUCAUCCACCUGGCCGAUGAGUUCCCGGACCCGGCGGCGUUCCGCCAGGCCCUGUCGGAGAACGGAGCCGAGUUCCCGGACUCCCUCGCCGACAACCUCCUGCGGAUCAUCGGCGCCAUGAAGCCCUCUAAGGGGGCUUCGGCCGGCCGGGCGGGCGGGGGGGGUGCGAAGAAGGCCACGCCCAAGGCUGCUGUGGCCAGGGUGCCGAGGAACGAGAAGGAGGCGCGGUUUCCGGGGCUGGCGAUGCCCAACACCAGCGUGGUUCAGCUGGAGGAUGGCUUCGGGGAGGUCGACCCUGGAGAGCACAGCAGGAAGCAAGAGGAGAAGAAGGAGCAGGAUCUUAAGGAGGCCGCGGCCGCGGUCGCUGCGGCCAAGAAGGCCAGGCAGGAGGAAAGGGAAAGGGACGCUAGCCAGGCGGCGGCACGGAGAGGGGAGGGGGGCGAUGAUGAUACAAGGCACCCCCGCAAGCGGAACAGAAGCCGGAGCAGGAGUCGCAGCCGCAGCGGCGGGAGGGACGAAAGAAGGUCCUCCCGUUGGGGCGACGACCGUUCCAGGGACCGUUCUAGGGAUCGUUCCAGGGACCGUUCCAACGACGACCGCGACCGGAGACGGCGGCGCGAUGGCAGCAGGGACAGGGACAGGGACAGGGACAGGGACAGGGGGGGGGGGCACCGUCGCGAGGAGGAAAAGGGCAGGGGGGGGAGUAGAGAUCGCCGUCCCGGUGGUGGUGGCAGUGAUGAUGGCGGCGGCGACGACCGUGGGGGGGGCAGGAGGUCCUCACGCUGGGGGGACGCUGACGACAGGGGGCGGGGGGGCGACAGACGCCCGCAGGCGCCCAAGCAAGAUGCCCAGCCCGAGCUGUAUGGCAUCUACGACGGUAGCGUGAGCAAGGCGAAUGGGAAGAGGCAGGAAGGGCUUGUGCACGUGAGCCAGAUCCAGAACGGCAUGCUGCGGGACCCCAGCAAGGUCGUGAAGCGCGGCCAGAACUGCAAGGUCAAGGUCAUCUCCAUGGCGGGAGCAAGGCUGAGCCUUUCCAUCAAGGAGGUGGAUCAGGCUACUGGGGAAGACCUCAUGCCGGGCAGGGGCCACGAGGCUGCGGCCAAGCUGGCGGACGAGCUCAAGUCCAAUCCAUCGGGCCCCGGCGGCGGCGCGAAGGCGGCGUCUAACCCGCUGCACCCGGGGCUUACCCAGGAGAAGCUCCGCGCCAUGGAGGCGGAGGAGGAGAAAAAGAGCCAGCGCGCGGGCAAGCACCUGAGCGAGCAGGAGAUGUGGGAGGCCAGGCAGCUGAUCGCGUCCGGCGUGCUGCCGGUGUCGGAGUACCCGACCUUCGACCCGGAGUCUGGCAUGGGCAUCCUCGGCAACUUCGAGGAGACGGAGGAGGAGCUGGAGAUAGAGCUGAACGAGGACGAGCCGGCGUUCCUGAGGGGGCAAACCCGACAGUCCCGGGAGCUGUCUCCCGUGCGCAUCGUGGCCAACCCGGACGGGUCGAUGCAGCGAUCUGCUCUCCAGCAGGUCCAGAUGGCCAAGGAGCGUCGCGAGCUUCGCCAAGCACAGGCCAAUCAGCUGAUCGACAACAUGCCCAAGGAUCUAAACAGACCCUGGGAGGACCCCAUGCCAGAUGCGGGAGAGCGUCUGUUCACCAUGGAGCUCAGGGGCAUCAGCGUGUCCGGGACGUUCGAGCUGCCGGAGUGGAAGACCAAGGCCCAGGGCAAGAACCUGAGCUAUGGGCAGGUGUCCAGCAAGAGCAUCAAGGAGCAGCGAGAGGGACUGCCCAUCGCGAAGCUCCGGACGCAGCUGUGCGCCGCCAUUGCCGAGCACCGCGUGUUGGUGGUGAUCGGAGAGACCGGUUCCGGCAAGACGACCCAGAUGACGCAGUACAUGGCGGAGAUGGGGUUCACGAGCAGCGGCAUCAUCGGGUGCACGCAGCCCCGCCGUGUGGCGGCCAUGUCGGUGGCCAAGCGUGUGGCGGAAGAAUACGGGUGUGAGCUGGGACAGGAAGUGGGGUACACGAUUCGAUUCGAGGACUGCACCUCACCGGACACGGUGCUCAAGUACAUGACGGACGGCAUGCUCAUGAGGGAGUACCUGGCCGACAACGAUCUCUCACGAUACGUGGCGGUGAUGCUGGACGAAGCCCACGAGCGGACAAUCCACACGGACGUGCUCUUCGGCCUUCUGAAGGUGCUGUACACGAAGGAGCCCGAGCCCGACUACGUCGAAGCGAGCAUCACGACCGUGAUGCAGAUCCACCUGUCGGAGCCCGCGGGGGACAUCCUCCUUUUCCUCACGGGACAGGAGGAGAUCGACACGUGCUGCGAGAUCCUCUUCAGCCGAAUGAAGGCGUUGGGAGACCUGGCUCCCGAGCUCAUGAUCCUGCCCGUGUACGGAGCCCUGCCGAGCGAGAUGCAGAGCCGCAUCUUCGAGCCACCUCCGGCGGGAACACGGAAGGUGGUGGUGGCAACGAACAUUGCCGAGGCCUCCCUGACGAUCGACGGCAUCUACUACGUCAUCGACCCCGGGUUUUGCAAGCAGAAGGCGUACAACCCCAAGAUGGGCAUGGACUCGCUCGUCGUCAGUCCCAUCUCGCAGGCGAGCGCGAGGCAGAGGGCGGGAAGGGCAGGGCGUACCGGGCCCGGCAAGUGCUACCGCCUCUACACCGAGUCGGCGUAUAAGCAGGAGAUGCUCUCCAGCUCGGUGCCUGAGAUACAGAGGACGAACCUCGGCAACGUGGUGCUGCAGCUCAAGGCGAUGGGAAUCAACGAUCUGCUGGGCUUCGACUUCAUGGACCCUCCCCCACUGCAAACGAUGGUGUCGGCCAUGGAGAACCUGUACGCCCUGGGGGGCCCUUGA